UGUUCCCUUUUGUGCGGCGCUCUCCCGUCCGCGUCCGCCCGAUCCUCUGGAACUCCCCGCGGACGCCGGGGUCCCCGGAGGCAGCUUCCUUUGUCUCUGCUCCCGCCCUCCCUCCGCGGCGCCCUCGCCCCUCACUCACCUCCCCAGCCCCGCGAGGACGAGGGGAGCUGGCGGUGCUCGCCCAGUGGUGGGAGCCCGGGAGCCCAGGAGCCGGCGCGGCCUCCGCAGGCGGCGCUUUCUUCUCGUUCCCGACGCGGCCGCCCCUCCUGCCUGCCCGCUCCCAUCGCCGCUCCCGCCUUUGCCGAGGACAGGAGCUGCCCAGGCUCUCGGCGCCCGGACCCCGCGCACCUGCCGCGCACACCGCCUCUCCGGCCUGCGGGGCUCCGGGGCUCCGGGAAGACCAAGCGCUGGAGGCCGGCCAGGGGAGGCUGUGGGCAGCAAGGGUGGCCGCGGGCUCCCCGCCCCUCCUCUGCCUGCCUCGGAGCCCACAUUUGGGAUUUCUACUCCGGGAAAAUUCUGCACUCCUCCCACGAUGAGCCUGGAGGGCUGGAGCCGGGACCUGGCACCCCCAGGGCUGUGACUGGGUGAACUCUGAGGGCACAGCUGCUGUCCGCCGCCCCAGGGGUCCCAGGAUGGGGCGAGCAGCCCUGAAGAGGCCCAAGGGCACCCCGUGAGGAGCCCCCACACUCUGAGAGCGGGGCACAGAGCCGGAGCCCCGGGCCAUGCCUCCGCUGCCGCUGGCGCGGGACACCCGGCAGCCGCCUGGCGCCUCCCUGCUGGUGCGAGGCUUCAUGGUCCCGUGCAACGCCUGCCUGAUCCUGCUGGCCACCGCCACGCUCGGCUUCGCGGUGCUGCUGUUCCUCAACAACUAUAAACCUGGGAUCCACUUUACUCCGGUGCCUCCGACGCCUCCUGAUGCGUGCCGAGGAAUGCUGUGCGGCUUCGGCGCCGUGUGCGAGCCCAACGCGGAAGGGCCGGGCCGGGCAUCCUGCGUCUGCAAGAAGGGCCCGUGCCCCAGCGUGGUGGCGCCGGUGUGUGGCUCGGACGCCUCCACCUACAGCAACGAAUGCGAGCUGCAGCGGGCGCAGUGCAGCCAGCAACGCCGCAUCCGCCUGCUCAGCCGCGGGCCGUGCGGCUCGCGGGACCCCUGCUCCAACGUGACUUGCAGCUUCGGCAGCACCUGUGCGCGCUCGGCCGACGGACUGACGGCCUCGUGCCUGUGCCCUGCGACCUGCCGUGGCGCCCCCGAGGGGACCGUGUGCGGCAGCGACGGCGCCGACUAUCCCGGCGAGUGCCAGCUCCUGCGCCGCGCCUGCGCCCGCCAGGAGAAUGUCUUCAAGAAGUUCGACGGCCCCUGUGACCCCUGCCAGGGCGCCCUCCCUGACCCGAGCCGCAGCUGCCGCGUGAACCCGCGCACGCGGCGCCCUGAGAUGCUUCUACGGCCCGAGAGCUGUCCUGCCCGGCGGGCGCCAGUGUGUGGGGACGACGGAGUCACCUACGAAAACGACUGCGUCAUGGGCAGAUCGGGGGCCGCCCGGGGUCUCCUCCUGCAGAAAGUGCGCUCUGGCCAGUGCCAGAGUCGAGACCAGUGCCCGGAGCCCUGCCGCUUCAAUGCCGUCUGCCUGUCCCGCCGUGGCCGUCCCCGCUGCUCCUGCGACCGUGUCACCUGUGAUGGGGCCUACAGGCCCGUGUGUGCCCAGGACGGGCGCACGUAUGACAGUGAUUGCUGGCGCCAGCAGGCUGAGUGCCAGCAGCAGCGUGCCAUUCCCAGCAAGCACCAGGGCCCGUGUGGCCAGGCCCCGUCCCCGUGCCUCGGGGUGCAGUGUGCGUUCGGGGCAACGUGUGCUGUGAAGAACGGGCAGGCAGUGUGUGAAUGCCGGCAGGUGUGCUCCAGCCUCUACGAUCCUGUGUGCGGCAGCGACGGCAUCACGUACGGCAGCACGUGCGAGCUGGAGGCCACAGCCUGCAUCCUCGGGCGGGAGAUCCGGGUGGCACGCAAAGGACCCUGUGACCCCUGCGGGCAGUGCCGCUUUGGAGCCCUGUGUGAGGCCGAGACCGGGCGCUGCGUGUGCCCCUCUGAAUGCGUGGCUUUGGCCCAGCCCGUGUGUGGCUCCGAUGGGCACACGUACCCCAGCGAGUGCAUGCUGCAUGUGCACGCCUGCACACACCAGAUCAGCCUGCACGUGGCCUCGACUGGACCCUGCGAGACCUGUGGAGAUGCCAUGUGUGCUUUUGGGGCUGUGUGCUCGGCGGGGCAGUGUGUGUGUCCCCGGUGUGAGCACCCCCCGCCCGGCCCCGUGUGUGGCAGUGACGGUGUCACCUAUGGCAGUGCCUGCGAGCUACGGGAAGCCGCCUGCCGGCAGCAGACACAGAUCGAGGAGGCCCGGGCAGGGCCAUGUGAGCAGGCUGAGUGCGGCUCCGGAGGCUCUGGCUCGGGGGAGGACGGUGACUGUGAGCAGGAACUGUGCCGGCAGCGUGGUGGCGUUUGGGACGAGGACUCAGAGGAUGGGCCGUGUGUCUGUGACUUCAGCUGCCAGAGUGUCCUGGGCAGCCCGGUGUGCGGCUCAGAUGGGGUCACCUACAGCACCGAGUGUGAGCUGAAGAAGGCCAGGUGCGAGUCACGGCAAGAGCUCUCUGUAGUGGCCCAGGGAGCCUGCCGAGGCCCCACCUUCGCUCCACUGCUGCCCGUGACCCCCUCACACUGUGCCCAGAUGCCCUAUGGCUGCUGCCAGGACAAUAUCACUGCAGCCCGGGGCGUGGGCCUGGCUGGCUGUCCUAGUACCUGCCAGUGCAACCCCCAUGGCUCCUACGGUGGCACCUGUGACCCAGUCACAGGCCAGUGCUCCUGCCGCCCGGGUGUGGGGGGCCUCAGGUGUGAUCGCUGUGAGCCUGGCUUCUGGAACUUUCGAGGCAUCGUCACCGAUGGCCAGAGUGGCUGUACACCGUGCAGCUGUGAUCCCCAGGGCGCCGUGCGGGAUGACUGUGAGCAGAUGACUGGGCUGUGCUCGUGUAAGCCCGGGGUGGCUGGACCCAAGUGUGGGCAGUGUCCAGACGGCCGUGCCCUGGGCCCCACGGGCUGUGAAGCUGAUGCUUCUGCGCCUGCAACCUGUGCGGAGAUGCGCUGUGAAUUCGGUGCGUUGUGCAUGGAGGAGUCUGGCUCAGCCCACUGUGUCUGCCCAAUGCUCACCUGUCCAGAGGCCAAUAUUACCAAGGUCUGUGGGUCAGAUGGAGUCACAUACGGCAAUGAGUGUCAGCUGAAGACCAUCGCCUGCCGCCAGGGCCUGCAAAUCUCCAUCCAGAGCCUGGGCCCGUGCCAGGAGGCUGUUGCUCCCAGCACUCACCCGACAUCUGCCUCCGUGACUGUGACCAGCCCAGGGCUCCUUCCCAGCCAGGCACUGCCGACUCCCCCUGGCGCCCCCCUGCCGGCUCCCAGCAGUACCGCACACAGCCAGACCACCCCUCUGCCUUCAUCACAACCUCGGACCACCGCCAGCAUCCCCAGGACCACUGUGUGGCCCGUGCUGACCGUACCCCCCACGGCACCCUCCCCUGCACCCAGCCUGGUGGCGUCUGCCUUUGGUGAAUCUGGCAGCGCUGAUGGAAGUGGUGAUGAGGAACUGAGCGGGGACCAGGAGGCCAGUGGGGGUGGUUCUGGGGGGCUCGAGCCCUUCGAGGGCAGCAGCAUGGCAACCCCUGGGCCACCCAUCGAGAGGGCUUCCUGCUACAACUCCCCUUUGGGCUGCUGCUCUGAUGGGAAGACGCCCUCGCUGGACGCAGAGGGCUCCAACUGCCCUGCCACCAAGGUGUUCCAGGGCGUCCUGGAGCUGGAGGGCGUCGAGGGCCAGGAGCUGUUCUACACGCCUGAGAUGGCUGACCCCAAGUCAGAGCUGUUCGGGGAGACAGCCAGGAGUAUUGAGAGCACCCUGGACGACCUCUUCCGGAAUUCAGACGUCAAGAAGGAUUUUCGGAGUGUCCGCUUGCGGGACCUGGGGCCCGGCAAAUCCGUCCGCGCCAUUGUGGAUGUGCACUUUGACCCCACCACAGCCUUCAGGGCACCCGACGUGGCCCGGGCCCUGCUCCGGCAGAUCCAGGUGUCCAGGCGCCGGUACUUGGGGGUGAGGCGGCCACUGCAGGAGCAUGUGCGAUUUAUGGACUUUGACUGGUUUCCUGCGUUUUUCACGGGAGUCACGUCAGGAGCCAUUGCUGCUGUAGCCACGGCCAGAGCCACCACUGCGUCCCGCCUGCCGUCCUCUGCUGUGACCCCUCGGGCCCUGCACCCCAGUCACACAAGCCAGCCUGUUGCCAAGACCACAGCAGCCCCCACCACACGUCGGCCCCCCACCACUGCCCCCAGCCGUGUUCCUGGACGUCGGCCCCCAGCCCCCCAGCAACCUCCAAAGCCCUGUGACUCUCAGCCCUGCUUCCACGGGGGGACCUGCCAGGACCGGGUCUCUGGUGGGGGCUUUACCUGCAGCUGCCCGGCAGGCAGGGGAGGCGCCAUCUGUGAGAAGGUGCUUGGUGCCCCUGUGCCGGCCUUCGAGGGCCACUCCUUCCUGGCCUUCCCCACCCUCCGUGCCUACCACACUCUGCGCCUGGCGCUAGAAUUCCGGGCACUGGAGCCUCAGGGGCUGCUGCUGUACAAUGGCAACGCCCGGGGCAAGGACUUCCUGGCGUUGGCACUGCUGGAUGGCCGCGUGCAGCUCAGGUUUGACACAGGUUCGGGGCCCGCAGUGCUGACCAGUGCGGUGCCGGUAGAGCCGGGCCGGUGGCACCGCCUGGAGCUGUCGCGGCAUUGGCGCCGGGGCACCCUCUCGGUGGAUGGUGAGACCCCCGUUCUGGGCGAAAGCCCCAGUGGCACCGACGGCCUCAACCUGGACACAGACCUCUUUGUGGGCGGUGUACCGGAGGACCAGGCUGCCGUGACGCUGGAGCGGACCUUCGUGGGCACGGGCCUGAGGGGCUGCAUCCGUUUGCUGGACGUCAACAACCAGCUCCUGGAGCUUGGCAUUGGGCCGGGGGCUGCCACCCGAGGCUCCGGCGUGGGCGAGUGCGGGAGCCACCCCUGCCUGCCCAACCCCUGCCGUGGCGGGGCCCCGUGCCAGGCCCUGGAGGCUGGGAGGUUCCACUGCCAGUGCCCGCCCGGCCGCGUCGGACCAACCUGCGCCGAUGAGAAGAGCCCCUGCCAGCCCAACCCCUGCCAUGGGGCGGCGCCCUGUCGUGUGCUGCCCGAGGGUGGUGCCCAGUGCGAGUGCCCCCUGGGGCGCGGGGGCACCCUCUGUCAGACAGCCUCGGGGCAGGACGGCUCUGGGCCCUUCGUGGCUGACUUCAACGGCUUCUCCCACCUGGAGUUGAGAGGCCUGCACACGUUUGCACGGGACCUGGGGGAGAAGAUGGCGCUGGAGGUCGUGUUCCUGGCACGAGGCCCCAGUGGCCUUCUGCUCUACAACGGGCAGAAGACGGACGGCAAGGGAGACUUCGUGUCACUGGCACUGCAGGACCGCCGCCUGGAGUUCCGCUACGACCUGGGCAAGGGGGCGGCGGUCAUCAGGAGCAAGGAGCCAGUCACCCUGGGAGCCUGGACCAGGGUCUCACUGGAGCGAAACGGCCGCAAGGGUGCCAUGCGUGUGGGCGACGGCCCCCGCGUGUUGGGGGAGUCCCCGAAGUCCCGCAAGGUUCCGCACACUGUCCUCAACCUGAAGGAGCCACUGUAUGUAGGGGGAGCUCCCGACUUCAGCAAGCUGGCCCGUGCUGCUGCCGUCUCCUCUGGCUUCAACGGUGCCAUCCAGCUGGUCUCCCUGGGAGGCCGCCAGCUGCUGACCCCAGAGCACGUACUGCGGCAGGUGGAUGUCACAUCCUUUGCAGAUCACCCCUGCACCCAGGCCUCAGGCCACCCCUGCCUCAAUGGGGGCUCCUGUGUCCCCAGGGAGGCUGCCUAUGUGUGCCUGUGUCCCGGGGGAUUCUCAGGGCCACACUGCGAGAACGGGCUGGUGGAGAAGUCGGCAGGGAACGUGGAUACCCUGGCCUUUGAUGGGCGGACCUUCGUCGAGUACCUCAACGCUGUGACCGAGAGCGAGAAGGCACUGCAGAGCAACCAUUUUGAACUGAGCUUGCGCACUGAGGCCACGCAGGGGCUGGUGCUCUGGAGCGGCAAGGCCACGGAGCGGGCGGACUACGUGGCACUGGCCAUUGUGGACGGCCACCUGCAGCUGAGCUACAACCUGGGCUCCCAGCCCGUGGUGCUGCGUUCCACUGUGCCCGUCAACACCAACCGCUGGUUGCGGGUCGUGGCACAUAGGGAGCAGAGGGAAGGUUCCCUGCAGGUAGGCAAUGAGGCCCCUGUGACCGGCUCCUCCCCGCUGGGCGCCACGCAGCUGGACACUGAUGGAGCCCUGUGGCUUGGGGGCCUGCCGGAGCUGCCCGUGGGCCCAGCACUGCCCAAGGCCUACGGCACGGGCUUCGUGGGCUGCCUGCGGGACGUGGUGGUGGGCCAGCGCCCGCUGCACCUACUGGAGGACGCCAUCACCAAACCAGAGCUGCGGCCCUGCCCCGCCUCAUGAGCUGGCACCAGAGCCCCACGCCCGCUGUAAUUAUUUUCUAUUUUUGUAAACUUGUCGCUUUUUGAUAUGAUUUUCUUGCCUGAGUGUUGGCCGGACGGACUGCUGGCCCGGCCUCCCUUCCGUCCAGGCAGCAGUGCUGCAGACAGACCUGGUGCCGAGGGACGGACAGGCGAGGUGGCAGCGUGGAGGGCUUGGCGUGGAUGGCAGCCUCAGGACACACACCUCUGCCUCAGGGCGCUGAGCCCCCCCCCCUUGCACUGCGCCUCCCCCACGGGGUCCCCGCCGGGAAGCAGCCGCGGCCCCUGAAUCACCCUCGCUCUGCCAGGUGGGGCUUGCAUCCCAGAGAGGAAGGGGCUGCUGAGGUCUGAUGGGGCCCUUCCUCCAGGCGCCCCCACAGGGCCUUUCCAAGCCCUCAUUUGAGCUGCUUCUUCCUGUGUGUGCUCUGGGCCAUGGCUGGCCUCCUAUGCCAAUACUGUGACUUCGAAACAAUGUUACUGCUGGGCAGCUCUGCGUCCCUCCCCGUGCUGCCUGAACCAGCCCCAGGCUGCUGAGAAGCAGAGGCCGGUCUAGGUGCCCUGACCCUCAGCUGGCUCUGCCCAGCCACCCUGGAUGCGGCCGUGUCCCUCUGCCACACCCCAGGCCCUGUGAGGGGCUAUCGAGGGGGGCUCACUGUGGGGUGCAGUUGACCUCUGCUGCCUGCCUGGGUAUCUGGGUCUGGCCACCAGCUGUGUUCUUUGUGUAUUGAUUUUAUUUGACCCCUGGAGUGGUGGGUCUCAUCUUUCCCGUCUCGCCUGAGAGCAGCUAAGGGCUGCCUCACUGAAAACCCUCCCCACAGCGUCAGUGACGGUCAUCCUUGUCUCAGAACGACCAGGGGCCAGCCAGUGUCUGACCAAGGUCAAGGGGCAGGUGCAGGGGUGGCAGGGAUGGCUCCGAAGCCAGAAAUGCCUUAAACUGCAACGUCCCGUCCCUUCCCCACCCCCAUCCCAUCCCCACCCCCAGCCCCAGCCCUCGCCCAGUCCUCCUAGGAGCAGGACUCGAUGAAGCGGGUGGCAGGGAGGCUGGGCGCCCUGUUACUAACUCUAGUACAUUUCUGUGUCGAUCGCUGUGAAAUAAAGUCUGAAAACUUUAAAAGCA